UACGUUAUAAGCUCCGCUAUUUGUCGGUCUCACUAACAUGUAAUGUCACUCUUGUGCUGCUUUAAAUAUUGUAUUAGAUGUCCUUCAUCUCCUCCAGUGGUAGUCUCUGUUUGUUGUGUUCCCUUUUACUGUUAUUUCGUUUGGUUCAGUGAUGCUAAUGCUAGCUAGUUUAGUUUUAUGCUAGUUUAGUUUAGCCGACAGUAUUAGCAUCGGCUAGCUAACGUUAGCCACCAACUUCAACCUCAACGUAAAGCGAUUUAUUAGUGUCGUAAACACCAGGGGCAGUUUCUGUUAACGACAGCAGAAGGAGCAUCAGAGCUGGACAGACGACCUCCCGCUGUGUGAGAUGUGCGGUGUCGGCACCGCAACCAACUGUGUAUACGGCCCCGAUGGUAAAGGAACGGUGAGCCACCCCAACGAGGACGGACACCUGAGGUUCAGAGGCGAGGACGGCUGCUUCCUGUACGGGGUUUUUAACGGUUACGACGGCAGCAGAGUGGCCAGCUUCGCCUCCCAGUGUCUGACGGCAGAGCUGCUGCUCGGACAGCUCAACUCCAGUCACACGGACAGCGACGUCCGCAGGAUCCUCACUCAGGCCUUCGAUGUGGUGGAGAAGAGCUACUUUGAGACGAUAGAUGGCGCUCUGGCUGAGAAAGCUAACCUGUCCAACUACCUCCAACCACACGACGAGAAGGUGCAGGAGCAUCUGAAGGAGCUGGAGCAGGAGGUGUCUGGAGGAGCGACGGCCGUAGUGGCUCUGAUCCUCAACAACAAGCUCUAUAUCGCCAGUGUUGGGACCAACCGGGCUCUGCUGUGCAAGUCCAGCAGCGAUGGUCAGAACCAGGUUCUCCAGAUCGGCCGUCCGCACAGCACCGACAACGAGGACGAGCUGCAGAGGCUGGCUGCUCUGGGUGUGGAUUCAUCUCGUGUCCGUCAGGCGGGUCAGAUCUCAGGUCAGAGCAGCACCAGGAGACUCGGAGACUAUCGGGUCAAGUUCAACUACAAUGAGAUCGAGCUGCUCAGUGCGGCUAAGACGAGGCCGGUCAUCGCCGAGCCGGAGAUUCACGGCAGCCAUUCUCUGGACAGCGUGACAGGCUUCCUGCUGCUGAUGUCUGAAGGUCUCAUCAAUGCCCUCGAGUCCGCCCACGGCCCCGAACAAGCCAAUCAGGAGAUCGUAGCGAUGGUGGCGGCGGAGUUGGCCCUGCAGAGCGUCUUGGAGGCAGUGGCUCAGUCGGUGGUGGAGCGCGUGAAGCGUCUGCACCACGACGUCUACGUGUCCGGCCGUCAGCGGGCGACCUUCUGCUUACGACACGAGGACAUGACGCUGCUCAUCCGCACGCUCAACUACCCGCUGGCCGACGGGACGCUCACGCCCACGCAGGGUGGACGUAUCUACCCAGUGUCAGUGCCCUACUCCAACAGCCAGAGCACCAGUAAGACCAGCGUCACCCUCUCACUGGUCAUGCCCUCACAAAAUACUCUCACCAAUGGAACCAACACCGCCUCCACCCUGGAGGAAGGAACCCCCACACCAGGCAGCCAGAGCCCGACAGCCACCCUCCAGUCCACCAACACCCAGACGCAGAGCUCCAGCUCCAGCUCCGGAGACGGCAGCCUGUUCCGGCAGAGAGGCAGCCAGGCGGCUCAGCCGGACGAGACGGGGAGGGUCCCUCCUUACGUGGACUUCAGUCAGUUUUACCGCCUGUGGGGGGGCGACCACAGCGACGGCCAGAGCACCGUGGGAGGACUGGGAGGACUGGGACCCCAGUGAGGAGGAUGCUGGGGGUCCAGUUGGAAAGAGACGGACUGGGGAUGGAAUGCUUUUUACUGAAUCAUAACUAAAACAAUAAGUGAGCUGACGGUGCAUGGGGACGCAUGGAGGAAGGACUGAGGUUAUAAACAUUUAUAGGUUUAUUUUUUACUCCGGGUCACAAAUCUGCUUCCUCAACGUAAAUUUGAACUCGCCCCCCGAUAUCCAAUGUUUUUAUUAUUUAUUAUCAAAUAACAACAAAAGACCAAAGUUAAUAACGUUGAAUCUUUAUUUAAGGAGAUGAAUCUGGAGUUUCCAGGAUGGUUGAAAUGCUCAUAAACGUCGUCUUCCUUCUGCUCGACACUGAGCGCGUGCACCACAGCAGGAAGUGAGACGCUUCACUCGUGAGCUCACUCUGAUAAUAAUGUUGACUUUAUAUGUUGUUUUACGAGCCGGAUGUUGUAUUGUACUCACUUAUCGAUGAGCCGGUGAGGAACCAUGAAGUGAUGUUUGUGCUUCAGUGUGAUUUCAACGUCGUGGACGUGAGAGUGAUUACGUUCUGUGAGGCCUUCAAAUGGAUCCAAGAGAUGUUCUGAAAGUACCUUUUAAUUUGUAAUGAAAGUAUAUCUGCUCAUGA